AUGGUGGCGGACUUCUUGGAGGGGAUCGUGGAGAAAUUCUUCGAUGGGGUGGUGGCGGACUUCUUGGAGCGGGGAGGUGGUGACUUCUUGGAGGGGGAGGUGGCGGACUUCUUAGAGGCGGAGGUGGUGGACUACUUGGAGGUGGUGGCGGCAGACUUCUUGGAGGGGAAGGCAGCGUACUUCUUGGAAGGGGUGGGGAACUUCUUGGAGGGGGAGGUGGCGAACUUCUUGGAGGGGGAGGUGGUGCACUUCUUGGAGGUGGUGGUGGCGGACUUCUUGGAGGGGGAGGUGGCGAACUUAUUAGAGGUAGUGGUGGCAGACUUCUUGGAGGGGGGGGGGGGAAACUUUUUGGGGGGGCUGCUACUGCUUGGAUGUGAUGGCGGAGGUGGUGGCGGCGGACUUCUUGGAGGGGAAGGUGGCGGACUUCUUGGAGGUGGUGGUGGCGGACUUCUUGGAGGUGGUGGGGGCGGACUUCUUGGAGGUGGUGGCGACAGACUUCUUGGAGGGGGAGGUGGUGCACUUCUUGGAGGUGGUGGUGGCGGAAUUCUUGGAGGUGGUGGGGGGGGAGUUCUGGGAGGUGGUGGUGGCGGACUUCUUCGAGGUGGUGGCGGCAGACUUCUUCGAGGUGGUGAUGGCGAACUUCUUCGAGGGGGAAGUGGCGGACUUCUUGGAGGUGGUGGUGGCGGACUUCUUGGAGAGGAAGGUGGCGGACUCCUUACAGGUGGUGGUGGCGGACUUCUAGUAGGGGGAGGUGGCAGACUUCUUGGAGGGGGAGGUGGCGGACUUCUUGGAGGGGGUGGUGGCGGACUUCUUGAACUUAUUAGAGGUAGUGGUGGCAGACUUCUUGGAGGGGGAGGUGGAAAACUUUUUGGAGGGGGAGGUGGCAGACUUUUUGGAGAGGGAGGUGGUGGACUUCUUAGAGGUGGUGGUGGCGAACUUCUAGGAGGAGGUGGUGGAGGACUUAUUGGUGAUGGAGGUGGCAGACUUCUUGGAGGUGGUGGUGGAUUGUUUGGUAGUGGGGGUGGUGGAUUACUUGGAGGGGGUGGUGGAGGAUUGUUUGGCGGUGGAGGCGAAUUGUUGGGUGGUGGUGGUGGUCUUACAAAAAUAGGGUGUAGUAUCAAUGUAAUAGCACUAUUAGGGAUAGUACUAGUAGGUGGCUUGAGUUGCUCAUGA